UUCUUCCUCCAUUUUUCGACUUUUCAAGCCAUUCGACUCCACCAACUCACCGCGAACAUUAACUCCUCCAAAUCCGAUGAAGGAUAUCGUCGCCUGCUUCGGCCACAACGCCGUCAAGGUCGCCGAAUCCACCCUAAGUCUCGCCUUCGACGGCUCCUCUCCGCCCCAGUCGGAGAACACCGUCUGCUGCUCCUACGGCGCGACCCUCUCCUCCCGCAAGCAGCUCCUCAUCGAACUAACCUGGCGCCGGAUCGCCUCCGGCGACGCCUUCCUAACCGUUUCCAUCGACCUCGACGGCUCCGCCACCCACCGCGUGAUCCUGCGCAAGAAGAAAGGAAGCCGGGCGUUCUCGGCCGGGGCCGCCGCCUGCGCCCUCCACUGGGACGUCUCCGCUGCCAAGUUCGCCGGCGCGGCGCCGGAUCCGGCGAAGGACUUUUACCUCGUGAUUAUUGCCGACCAGGAGCUGGUUCUACAGCUCGGAGAUCUGAGCGGGCAUUUCGUCGAACGCAUGGAACACGCGCCGCGGGCGGCCGAAUACUGCGCCGUGCUCUACGCCCGGCGCGAGCGGGUGUUUGGCUCCACGCACCACUCUACCAAGGCGGUUUUCCGCGACGGCGGAAGCGAGCACGAAGUGAUGGUGCGGUGCAAGGGAGGAGAGGGAGGGAGCGGGGAGGCCGCCACAGGGGACGACGGCGAGCUCUACUUCUGCGUGGAUCGGAAGAGGUUGAUCGACGUGAGGGAGGUCAAUUUGAACUUUAGAGGAAAUCGGACGAUCUACCUCGACGGAUCGGCGAUCGACGUUCUCUGGGACGUCCACGACUGGUGGUUCAGGGGUUCGGCCUCGGCCUCGGCCUCCAGCAGCGGCGCAACCUUCAUGUUCCGUACUAGGAGCGCCACGGAGAGCUCGCUGUGGUGGGAGGAGGAGAUGGCAAAAGGUUCAAAGAUCAGAGGUGAUUAAAGAUGGUGAUGGUUCAGUUGACUAUCUUAGCAGUGAAUGUAUCUGUACAAUAUGCAGGAGUUUGAUUUGGAACACUGAGUCAGAAGUCAAUGUUGUUUGCAUUGAAUUUUUCAGCUAAACGUUGGUCAAAAUCAAAUAAGCCCAAUCCUUGAAAGCACUGCAAAGUUGUCAAAAUGUUUCAUGGCAUAAUCCUAUCAACCUUUUUUCCUCUCUUAUUUGGAUGUUGU